GUUCGCUUGAACCGUCUGCCGACGCUAUUCAUUAAGAAGCGUUGAUUGUAGUUUACCGGGACUUUGUGUUGUUGGCAAUUACGAUUAUUUUUAAAGAGUUGUGGUGGCCGAGUUUAGCGAGAUACAGAAACUGAAUGACGUCUGCUGUUACAAGAGGCAGACGACAAUGUGACAUUAUGGAUAUGAUAUCCGAAGUGUUUGAUCUGUCCAGUGAGUUGAAUAAACACAACGACAAAGAUGAUUUGGAAAUCUUUGACACAAAACGUGAUGAUGAAGUCCACCAACGAACAAAUGUGGCAGGCGAGUCGAAAUCCGAGACAGCAAAGUCUUCAGAGCCUGGUAAAGAAUGCUGGAAUGAAGAGAUAUCGGACGGGCAUGUCUCUGAUCCAAAGGAGAAAGAACAGGAGGCAGGCGAAGAGGUAGAACAGCAGGGAGCACAGACGGCAGAACAGGAGGAAGAACACAAAGAAAGACAGGCGAGAGAACACGAAGGAGAGGAGGAGGUAGAGCAGGAGAAGGGAGAACAUGAGGCAGGCACAGCGGGAGAACACGAAGGAAGACGGGCGAGAGAACAAGGAGAGGAGGAGGUAGAACAGGAGAAGGGAGAACAAGAGAAGGCAGAACAGGAAGGAAGACGGGUGAGAGAACAAGGAGAAGAGGAACAGGAGGAGGAAGAACAGGCAUAUUACGACGAUUACUACGAAUACGGAGAGGAGGAAGAGGAGGAGGAGGAGGGGGAGGAGGAGGAGGAGGAGCCUACAAUGAGUCCGAAGGACAAGCGUGAUGCGUACCUUGCCGUGAAGGCAGGAGAUAUAGACUUGCUGGAUGAUAUUCUUGAUAGACCUAACGCUGACAUCAACAUGAUAUAUUUUAACGAGAACCUGUUGAUGGCGGCCAUUAGGGCUAAAGAGCUGGAGAUGGCGGAAUUUCUCAUCGACAAUGGAAUCAACUACAAUUACAAAACGUCUCUUAUUACUGCAGACGAAGUACGACAGAGUAUAAUCGAGUGGUCGACCUAUUCGUGUCGCCAGAUGGCGUAUGACAGGGACAUGACAGAUAUUGUCGAACUCAUCGACUACAAGAACGACGAUCUGUUCUUCUUCGUCAAGCUCCGCGAACGUGUCCCACGCUACCGUAAAGCUCCAUCCAUAACGUCGGACCUGUACGCCUGUUCGGCCUCGAGCAUCGCGCUGAAUGAGGACGAAGUCUACUACACACUGUCAGGAGAGGAGCUGCUAGUCGCGAAGAAAAAGAGCCCACCAGAUGACGACAGUGUCGCCGAAUUAAUGCCCAGACGGAAGUCACGAAGGUCAACACUCUUGUUAAGAAAGUCAUCAAUGCCGAGGAGAAAGUCAUCAAUGGCGAUGAGAAAGUCAUCGGGUUCAUUCAGGUCAAGCAUAGCCGAUGGCUCUGAUUCCGGACUCCAUUCAGCUAUCAGGGGAAAAAGCAAACUCAGUUUACCAUACAUCGAUAAAAAUUGUUCAUCAAUGUUUCUUUUUCCCAGCAUGGACGAAGGAUAUGGUACUGUGUCCAUGAAAAGUUCCCCAUCACUUUUCAUUAAGAAUAGACAGGAAAAGAAAAGGUUACAAAUUCCGAUUCGGGAAACUAAGGCUUUUAGCGAUAGACAGAAAUCCGUAGUGGACGGACAGUUGAAUACUGCUAAGUCACGAAGUCAUUAUGAACAACCUCUGUCAUGGCAAAAAGUUCAGACGUGUGGUAGUUACGUCACGGAAAGUCCAAGGUGGCACGUGAACAGGCUACACAGGGCUGGCAGAGAAACGACACCUGAAACUACCAUUAGUAUCAAAAUAGAAAAACUUAAACCUGAACCUCAGAAUACCAGACUGACUAAGAGUGCUUACACAAAGAGAAAACUGUACCCAACGUUCACCCGGGCGUACUCGGAUCUGGGUUUUGCGGAACCAUAUGUUGAAAAGACUCGUAGUUCGUCUGCAAGUGCACGACUGUCAUCACAAGCGUCACAGACAUACAAGAACACUACUAAACCUACUAAACCGGCGAGCUAUUCCACUGUGAGUAAAGAAGUGUCGAAAGUAGGACCAGCUAAACUGAAAACAUACAGCAUCACCCAGGCUGGGUUAGCAAAAUUGGGAGUUUUAAAAACACAAUACCUUAAACAAUUACAGAAGAAAGUGGAAAUAGCCAUUGCUGCGCCAAAUUACAGUUCCCCUAAAAACGAUCAGAUCAUCAAAGUUUUGUGAAUAGGAUACAAAUAAUCACCGAUUCAUCAACAGACUAUUCCCACAUGAAGAUUACGGAAUUUCGAAAAAUGUGAAUAUAGGGGAAAUAAUUAGAAAACAAAAUUUGUAUCAUUAAAGGUCCAUUAUCAUAG